AUGGAUGAUUCCCAAAGUUCAGAUGUUUUCUCAGAUAGAGGUUUCAGCAUGUACGAUGCAUCUACUAUCGAUAUAGAAUCAUACGAAAUGCUUCUAAACAAAAUAAAGAAUUCGUUUAACUUUAAUGACAACAGUAAUAAUACAAGAAUGAUUGAUAAAUUUAGUGUUCUUUUAGACGAUUGUCGAAAUUGUGCAGACCAGAGCUUUGAUAUAAUUAUAUCAUUAUCAGAAGAUUCUCAAGUUGAUAAAGCAUGUAUUUACUUAGAAAAUGUGGUGCACAUCCUACAAAUCCUGUCUAAUUUCAUCAAAAGUAUAAUUGAAGUUGUUCCUGUUACAUGUUGUACCGUCAACACUUUUCCAACCUAUACAGGGAAUAUUAUAUCAUUGGUUUUCUCUCAUUGUAAGGAUAGUGAAUGUAUCUAUGGAAAUAAUUUAACUUUAGUUGAGAAGCAACUAAAGGAGUUAUUUCGCAGUUGCCAUGAACUGCAAUUGACUUACUUAAUGACUUUACAGAAACACUUUUUGUUUGAUUUAACUGUAAAAAAUGAUCAAGAUGUACUUUUAGAAACUUUAGAUAUCAAUUUGAAAAUAGGUGAAAUAGUACAAGCAUUAGAUGUCAAAACUAUGGCUGAACAGUGGAAAGCUUACACUAUGAUUUGUGAAAAAUAUUCAACUUUUCUAUUAGAUAGAAAUAUUUAUAAUGAUUGUACAAAACUUUUAUCUAGCGCCAUAGACAAUAAUAUAAAUACUGCAUUACAGGCUAUUGAAGAAGAUAAAAUUGUUGUAAGAUCUUUAAAAGUGGCCAGCUUUUCUUUGAAAAUAUUGCUGAGAAUAUCCACUAUAUUUCAAGAAGCUACAAGCAAUGAUUACGAAAGCAUUAUUCAGCUUCUUAUUUAUAUAAAAUUGUGCAACAGUAACUACUAUGACUUAAUAGAAAAUAAAUCUCCAAAAUUUUGCAACACAGUGUAUGGACAUUUGUCAAUACCAUCUCAGGCGUUGGUCACGCAACUCGUAAGUGAAGAGAAAUUCAUAACGAAUGUGUUAUUAUUGAAUAUAAAUGACUUCAAAGAUUUCAAGUUCUUGGGAUAUAUUGUUCUUUUAAUAUCAGUGGUGAAGGCAUUCUUGCAAAAACAGAAGAAAAGAGUUAGUGAUGUCAAGAAUAAGAUUAUUGAAAGAGUUUUUUAUGUUGUACAAAAAUGUCACAUUUGGUUUAACAUAGGAUUGAAAUUCAGAUCUACAGCAAAUAAUACUGUUUUGUAUGGCUUGUAUGAACAUUUAAUGAUUCAUACUACAGCUUUCGUGUUAACUUUCACUGCCGAAGAAUACACAAUAAUAGAGAAAACUCUACUUGAAUCUAUCUUGGCCCAUGAUUAUUAUAAAGCAGUAUUUUCUGCUAAUAUAUGGGUGUUACUGUGCAGAAUGGGAAAUCAUCAGUUACAUAUAAAUACAUUACAUAGUUUAUUAAAAAUUUAUCAGACGUUAGAAACUCAAGCGGCUUUUAACGCGUCGCCUCAACAAAUUAAUUUAAGGUAUACAAUUGGAAAGUUAUUCGAAUCUCUGAAAUAUCCAGAAAAAAUGGCGAUUUAUAAGAAAAUUAUUCUACAAGAAGAUGGAAACGUUGGGGUUUGGUGCGCUUUGAAAGUGAAGAAUUUACCUGAAAAUUUAGAAAUAGUUGUUGAGAAGUGGAUUGUUGAAAAAUUAUCAGGAUUAUUCAAUGAAGUCUGUGAAAAUGAACAUAAUAUGGAUAAAUUGGUAAAAUACAUGGAUUUGGCAUCAACUUGUACUUUUGUGGAACACAACGCAGGAAUGGAAGAUUUCUUAGUGAAAAUUUGGAGUAAAUUUUGCAUUCGUUGCAAUAGCCUCUUGCAAAAGCUCAGUUCAGCUUCUAUAUUUUACUUUAGAUGUGUAGAAAGCUUAGCUCAUUUAACUUAUGAAUACAAACAUAAAUUUAAAAAUGGCGCUGGUUUGGUUAAGGUACUUAAUGUGAUGUCUAAUAUGUUAAGAUUUGGAAAUACAGAAUUAUCUUUAAUUUUGUUUGAACCGUUUUGUGAAUUACUAUAUGUCAGUGAAUACGACAAUGAAGACCUUCUGAUAAGUAUACUGAAAAGUUUCAUACCAGAACUAGAAAUACAAAAUCAAAUAUUUGCUAUUUUAAUAACAAAUAAAGAAAUGUGUGAUUUCGUUAUACCAAUUUUAAAUAAGUAUUCAAUGUUAUUAGAAUUGAAAAAUAAUUUUCAUUUAUACAAACAAAAACAUGAAGAUAUUUUAAAGUGGAAAGAACAAUUAGAAAUAGCAUCAGAUUUUAUGUUUCAUCAUAAGUGUAUUGAAGCUGUAUCUAUUUCGAAUAAUGUAGAUAUAAAUUUGAAACCUCAAAAUAUAAAUUUUGAUGUAGAUUUGGAAAGUUUAUUUGAAGAUGACGAAGAACCUAAUAAGAAGAAAGCUAAAUUUGAUACUAAUGUUGAAGAUAUAAUAAUUGCAUUGGAAAAUAACGCAGUUCAACUCAGUCAAGUGAAAGAAAACAUACUUAGUGAUGAAUAUAAAAAUAGAUUAACAAAAGUGUAUGAACAGUUAAAAAAUAUAAUUUCU